GAAAGACUCUGGUUGGAAUUGUAUGGAAUGGAGGGUUAGCUAAGAAGAAAAUAGGAGAGGGUUAGUUUUUAGGGGCUGCGGAAAAAAGAUAGUGAGUGGUGGCCAAUGGGAGCGGAGAGGUUUUCCCACGACCAUGCUCCCUUGAUUCUGGGUCUCCAGCCAUCCGCCCUGGUCGACAACGUUGCCACCGUCGAUUGGUCCUUGCUCCAUCGCAUUCCCGGCGAGCGCGGUGGCUCCAUCCCUGUCCAAAUUGAAGAACUGGAAUCCAUACUGAGAGAGGUUAAAUCCAAAUCCCACGAUGACAUCAAAACUCUCGCUGGUGGCAGCGUUGCCAACACAAUUCGCGGUCUCAGUCGCGGUUUUGGAAUUUCCACCGGAAUUAUUGGAGCUUAUGGAGAUGACCACCAAGGCCAGCUUUUUCUCACCAACAUGACCUUCAACUCUGUCGACCUCUCAAGACUCCGUCAAAAGAAAGGACACACUGCACAGUGUGUUUGCUUGGUAGAUGACAUGGGUAACCGUACAAUGCGGCCCUGUCUCUCAAAUGCUGUCAAAGUUCAGGCACAAGAAUUGGUGAAAGAGGAUUUCAAGGGCUCCAAGUGGUUGGUAUUGAGAUAUGCGGUACUCAACUUGGAGGUUAUUCAAGCAGCAAUUCAUUUAGCCAAACAGGAAGGCCUUCUUGUUUCCUUGGAUUUGGCCAGUUUUGAGAUGGUGAGGAACUUUAAACUACCGCUUCUCAAGCUACUGGAAUCUGGGAACAUAGACCUCUGCUUUGCCAAUGAGGAUGAAGCAGCUGAACUUUUAAGGGAUGAACAGAAAGAUGAUCCUAUAGCUGCUGUAGAAUUUCUUUCCAAAUACUGCCAAUGGGCUGUUGUAACAUUGGGUGCUAAUGGGUGCAUUGCCAAACAUGGAAAGGAGAUGAUACAAGUCCCGGCCAUUGGGGAAACAAAGGCAACCGAUGCUACAGGAGCAGGGGACCUUUUUGCAAGUGGAUUUUUGUAUGGAGUGGUCAAGGGUUUGUCACUAGAAGAAUGCUGCAAAGUAGGCACAUGCAGUGGUGGAUCUGUUAUCCGGUCUCUUGGUGGUGAGGUAACGUUGGAGAAUUGGCAAUGGAUGUACAAGCAGAUGCAGAUAAACGGUCUGCCCACGCCUUCCGGUUUAUGCAAAUGAAUAGUAGCAACCGUUGCCCCCUUAAUUUGUGCUGUCUUAUAUUUUACUGAUUUUUAAUGUUGUUUUUCUUAUUCUAUUGACUUCUAUUAUUCAUUUCACACAAUAGUAUGGAAGCUAGAUAUUUUUCAGGGAAAUUCAAGCGGGUUUGAGUCUUUAAUGUACUUGUGCUUGGGAUAAGUAUGAACUGUCUCCUAAUUUAAUGUUAACACCUAAGUCAUGGUUACUUAA